GAAACACAAUGUAUGCUAUUGUAAUUUAUGAAGACAAAAAUGAAACAGAUUAUCUGCCAAUGAAAUGGCUUGUUAAAAAAGUUGAUGUUGCAGAUAUUAGGCAUCUGAUAAAAAAUAAAAUUCAGAUGCAAUUUUAUUAUCCGACUUUUAAAAAUGUGCUUAUAAUAUCACAAGCUAAACAGAAGGGUGGUACUGAUCCACAAACAGAUUGGAUUAUAUAUCAUGCUAGAAUCCUUAGCACUGCAGAAAAUGAGUUAGAAGCUCGUCAAAAGUCUAUUGAUGCACAAUUUUUAUCUAAUAUAGAUAGUGAUAAGGGUGGCAAACGAAAGAGGAGCAGGUAAGCUUAUCUUAUGUUUAUGUAUUUUAAUUUAGAUUUUUUAAAUGUUCUUAUUGUUCAUAGACCAUACAGGUAUGGUGAGAAUCUUGAUGACAAAAAUGAAAAUGACUACCAUUCUGAAUCUUCAGAAGACGAAAGUCAUACAACAA